GAUCCCAUUUUAUGAAAAAAAUAUAUUUAUUCAGCUAAAUAAAGAGAGAGACUGAGGCUUUGUUAACCUUUUUUUCAAUCCAAACAGCAGCGUCCUUUCCAAGCACAUUCUCCAUUAUCAUUGUGCUGUUCUUUUGGGCGUUUACAUUGUUUUGCAUUUUUUGAGCGUUCAGUGUCUCUGAGGUUAUUCUAAAUAUAAAGAAUGCUCUUGACACUAUCUGUUAUGUUGGGUUGUGGGUUUUUUUCUACUUCAACAUAUUGGGGACACUCCCAUUAAGCUACCAGCAGAACAGAUACAAUUUAUUGUUUUCGGUUUUUUUUUAAAUUUGCAAUUAACUACUCUAAAUGACAGCUCUAAAUGUAAGGUUUUAGGACAAAAUCAAAUUUAGAUACGUGCAAUAUUAUUCAGGAAAAAAAAAGACUGGAUAUAAAAAUGACAAAAAUGGCUCAGUACAAAACAUGCCAUGGAUCACCCUGAUCUGACCUGGCUCUCUGAAGGAAGAGUGAUGUCGUCGUAUGGCCCUGUGAUGGCGCUGGAGAACUUGCUAAAGAUGAUGGGCUCCUUUGGGAUUGGGGCGUUCUGUUCUAGACAGUGAUCCCGGUAGUUCAUGCCCACACACACCACCUUCUCGGGGUCCAACACAGGGGCCAACAGCCGUAUGUCCGAGCGUUGUAGCACACACUGACCGGAUGAAAGUGCUCUGAGGAAGAGAGACGAUGUGUUUGAAGCAAGCAGUUGUCCAUGCAUAUUUGUGCGUUACCUGUGAGCCACUUCCUGACCCUUGUCCUCCAGAGCGAGCAGCUCUCUCAUGGUGGAUGGCAGUGAGGGGUCAAAGGCCUGCAGAUCCACCACCCCAAGACCGUCAGCCUGCUCCACUCCCACCCUGACGCGGCCUUCUUCUCCAGGGCGACAGAACUGAACCAGACGCAUCGCUGCACCAGAUAUGCCCCGGCGCUGUUGUCUGUGUGAGAGUAGCUUUCCACAGACACGAAGGCAGCGAUGGAGCAUCACCUGUUGACCAGAGGAUGUUGUUUAAUUUAAAAAAUUAAUAAAAUCCAAUUAUACUUAAUAUUUUGACCACACAAACUUUGACACUAAACCAAAACGUUUGAAUAGCAACCAUCGCCUGACUCCACAAUAAACAUUGAGUGCUUAAUUUCAGAUUUCUAUAAGUUGUCACAGAUAUUUUGAAAGUUGACCUAGGAACACUCGUUUUGCUAAGACCUCCCGUUUAGGUCCAUCUAAAUGAUGAACAGAUGUACAGUACAUGCCCGCCGCAUUACUAUUAGCACUAGCUUCAGCCUACCUGAGGCCCGCGCUGCAGGAUUUUAAUAUCGACUCAUGACUUUGAUGAAAGUGUUGCAACAGAUAAACACUGACAGGUAUUUAUUCGCCCUUUGCACAGCUCUGAGUUCAUACUCACCUCUGCUGCAAGAAACACAUGACUUGUAGUAUUUCCGGUUAGCGUCUGUCGUUUCAUUUUACAUAACUUCACAACGCUCUAUUAAAGUGCUGGUUAUCAUUUAGGAAGCAGUUUAGUAACUGUAAUUAUAUUUCACGCUAAACAACUACAGUAAUUCAUGUAUUCACCUCUGAUAAUGCGUUACAUACGAGUAUAAUCAAGAACUGCAAUUCCCAUCACGACAUGCGGAGGUGCAUUCAAAUACAGUGGGAAUCGAAACUGUCUGGGCUAUGAGCGACAAUAAUUACGGGGUGAAAGCUGAUAAAGUUGCCAAAUAUUUUUCGUGCAUAAAAUAGAUCUUUAGUAUUUAUGACAACUAAUAUUUUUAUAUUGUACUUCAAAUAUAAUCGUGUGUUUUGACGACGAAUUGUUAAAAUUACGACCAGUGAUUCCGACAUAAAGGCCUCGCGGAACAAGCUAGCGGAUCAGGUGACCAACCGGGAAGGAGCGUGGAGGCUGGUUUGUCUCUUUUUCUUUCAUUGCGGAGACUACUCUGGACCGACAAUGAGCGCCAGCGUCCAGCCCCUCGAGUGGACCACGGACUUGACCAACCAGAAUUUUGAUGGUGUUGUGUUGGUGACAGACAGUCUGGACAGUUUGCCUUCUGAACUCAAGGUUCUGAAAGAUGCCCUGCAGGACUACGGCGCUGUGGACGGGGGUCUGGGUGAGGAGGUUGUGGUCCUCAAGGUCCCUGGUCUCCCUGGAAACCGCCUGGUUUUUGCUUCCACCGGCCCGGUAAACCGAGACUACGAUGACGUGAGGCGCUUCAGUGAUGCAGCCGCCAGUGGCAUGAAACGGGCCUUGAAAGCUGGCAUGCAGCGCCCCCUCCUGGUCUGCCCCACGCACAAGGACUACAAGAGCAGCACCCUUACGGCUGCACUGGGAGCUCUCCAGGCUCUCUACAUGCCUCUCGAGUGUCGCGAAGCUGUUGAGAAAGCCAAAAUCCACAAGGCCAGCAUCCUUGGACUGUGGGUGACUGAGUUCACUCAGGGAACCAAACUGGUUGAGCUGGCAAGUGCCUUGGAGAGUGGCAGACUGGCGUGUCGAGACAUCGGUGGCUCAGAUCCAGAACGCAUGGCAGCUCCUCGUGCUGCUGAAUACGUCCAGGAGCUCUUCAAGGACAGUCCCGUGAAGGUGGAAGUGGUGAGCGACCUGAAGGUUCUGGAGCGAGAGUACCCUUGUCUGGCUGCCGUCAACCGCUGUGCCAACUCGGUGCCUCGCCACCAGGCCAGAGUUAUCAAGCUGCAGUACUGCGGAGAGGGACCCGUCCAGAAGACCCUCAUGCUGGUGGGCAAGGGAAUCACCUAUGACACAGGUGGAGCCGACAUCAAGGCUGGAGGUGUGAUGGCUGGGAUGCACAGAGACAAAUGUGGCGCCGCUGCCGUCGCCGGCUUCUUCCAGGUGUUGGCCAAGCUGAAGCCCAAACACCUGAAGGUGGUGGGUGCUAUGGCCAUGGUGAGGAACAGCGUGGGCGCAGACUGCUAUGUGGCCGAUGAGCUGGUGGUAUCCCGUGCUGGCCGUCGAGUUCGGGUGGGAAACACUGAUGCGGAGGGACGGAUGGUGAUGGUGGACCUGCUGUGUGAGAUGAAGGAGAAGGCAAUAAAUGAGGUGGCACCAGAGCUGUUCACCAUUGCCACCCUGACUGGUCACGCCAUCCGAGCCAUGGGACCCAACUACUCUAUCAUCAUGGACAACGGGCCUGCUCAUCGCUCCGGAAACGCUCACCAGUGGCAGAAGGCUGGAGACGUUCUGGGCGACGUCUUCGAGGUGUCCAACAUCAGGAGAGAAGACUACGACUUCCACAAGGGCAAAUCUGAGUACGAGGACAUCCUCCAGUCCAACAACCUGCCCUCUUCAGCGACCCCUCGCGGACAUCAGACCCCGGCAGCAUUCCUCAUCAUGGCCUCCGGGCUCCACAUGCAUGGCAUUGACUCAGCCGCUCCUCUGCGGUACUCCCACAUCGACAUUGCCGGGUCCAGCGGUCCUUUUCCGGGUGUGCCGACCGGAGCACCAGUUCUCGCUAUGGCGACCAACUACAUCCUGUCCGACUACCCUUAAUCAGCCACUGCCACCAUAAUUACAAUUCAAACUUAACGUGGGUUUUCAGAAUCAUCCACCUCUGUGAUUGAAGGAACUAUGCAUUUUCUCCUUUAUGCAACUGAACUUCUGGUUUUUAUACACACAAGUUGUACGGCUCAGGGCUUAUACAGCGAACACAUGUCAGUAACAAUUGCCAAUAAACCAAGUCUCCUAGAAACCAAGAAUCAACGUUUGUUUUCUUGUCUCUACUUUCAUUAAAAUGACAUGUUUUUCAUCUAAUGGGGAUGAGAGGUGCAGCUGCAUAAGGCAUAGGUACUUUAAACAUGUAAAAUGAUGCUGGACUGCUCAAAGGUUUGUCUUCGUUCCAGUGUGUCACUCCACACACCUAAUGUCUGUCU